AUGGAACAAAUUGCUGAACAAGUUCGGUGAGUUUAUUCGAUUCGAAAAAAAAAGAAGAAAAAACCGUCUGAAUUCUAGAGCAUACAAUUGUUCAUGUAAUAAGUGCGAAAUAGAAAUGAUUUGGAAUCGCAAGAAAAUUCGAGUCACUUCGCCACAAGUUUGUGCUGGAAUCCAUCGAGCCUCACGAAAAUCAAUGAGACUCGAUGAGAUUCAAUUAUAUUUAUAUGCUUCUGAAAGCAAAACAAGAACCAGUGAUAAAAUUCUGGCGAUUCGUGAUUUCCACCAGUGCCCAAACCUUUUGGGAUUUUUGGAACAAUUUUCGGAUUGGCAAAAAGCCAUUCAGAAAGUCCGCGAGGAAAUUCAAGAAUCUUACGAGAAGGCCAAAAUUGUGAGUUUUUUUAAACUAUAAUUCCUUCAAAAUCUCACUCAAAAAAUCAAUUUCAGCUCCAUUUUGGAGUGAGAAAUUGGGAGGGAAGACUAGGAAAACUCGAGAAAUCGCCUGAAACGACAAUCGGUGAGAUAAAAGAAUGGAUGAAGGAAUUCUUCGGGAAAAAAUCGUGGAUUUCCACGAAACAAUUUAUUAUAAACAGAAGAGUUGUUGGUGAUGAUGAAACGAUUGGAGGUUUAGGUGUACGUUUUUUUAAAUUUCAAAUUAAUUCGAGAGAAAAAUUGGAUUUUUCAGGUUUCGAAUGGUGAUGUCUUGAGAUGUAUGUGA